GUCACAUGGUUUUUCAAGAUGGCCGCGCCCUGCAGCCAGAUUGUGUAGGAACUGAAAGCGUUGAGCAAGAGGUUGUUGAUGGCAGUUGAGGGUCUUCAGGUCGCAGCUGAACUCUCCAGAGAGAGACCGAGGAGCAUCUGAGAACUGUCACCACCGCAGCGCCUCCGACAUGAGCAAGGACGCGUUCAUCCUUCCCAGGAACUUUCCUCAGCUUUACAAUGAUACAUUCCUGCGGGCAGCACGAGGAGAAGGAACAGAGUAUGUUCCUGUGUGGUGUAUGAGACAAGCUGGACGAUAUCUGCCAGAGUUUCGGGAGUCCAGAGCUGGGAAAGACUUUUUUGAGACAUGUCGGUCCCCAGAGGCCUGCUGCGAGCUCACGCUGCAGCCGCUGAGACGUUUUCCUUUUGAUGCUGCCAUCAUUUUUUCUGACAUCCUAGUUGUCCCACAGGCCAUGGGGAUGGAUGUCCAGAUGGUGGCAGGUAAGGGUCCCACAUUCCCGGAGCCGCUGAAGGAGCCAGAAGACCUGCAGCGUCUGCGGGUCAAAGUGGAUGUGGACAAGGAGUUGGGCUACGUCUUCAGAGCCAUUACACUGACCCGACACAAGCUAGAGGGAAAAGUGCCGCUUAUAGGCUUUACCGGAGCCCCGUGGACGCUGAUGUCCUACAUGAUCGAAGGCGGAGGCUCUAAUACACACUCCAAGGCAAAGCGCUGGCUCUACCGCCACCCCGAGGCCAGCCACAUGCUGCUGAGGAUGCUUACUGACGUGAUAGUGGAGUAUCUGCUGGGACAGGUGGCAGCUGGAGCCCAGGCUCUGCAGGUGUUUGAGUCCCACGCCGGCAUCUUGGGACCUGUUGAAUUUAAGGAGUUCUCGCUGCCGUACCUCAGAGACAUUGCUCGUCGGGUCAAAGAUAAACUUAAGGAGGCGGGACAGGACAUCCCCAUGAUUGUUUUUGCCAAAGAUGCUCACUAUGCUCUAGAGGAUCUGUCUCAGUCCCACUAUGAGGUGGUUGGUCUGGACUGGACCAUUGACCCACAGUCUGCACGGGAGCGCACGGGAGGAAAGGUGAGCCUGCAGGGAAACAUGGAUCCUUGUGCUCUCUAUGCUCCAAAGGACCGUAUUUCAAACAUUGUGAAACACAUGCUGGAGGGCUUUGGUACCAGAGGCUACGUCGCCAACCUGGGCCACGGCCUGUACCCUGACAUGGACCCGGAGAAUGUCGGCGCCUUUGUUGAAGCGGUGCAUCAACACUCUAAACAGAUGAUUAAACAAAAGUCCGAAUCCGUCAACUAAUGAUCACUCUGUAAAAUAUAUUCAGUAUCAUACAAAUAUUUUUAUUAUAUUUUCAUGUUGUGAUUAAAAACCUUUGGCUGGCAAUGAUUUGACUGAUUGAGAAAUUGAUGUUAAUAAUAAUUAAAAUCAGCUGUCUCAAGUUUUCAAA